UUUUUGCAGGUUUCCAUGCAUUUGCAAUGCAAAAUGGUUAAUUCUGCAUAUAUCUGUGAUAUUAACUGUUAGUUUUUGUCACUGAAAUGUGUGUUUCUGCAGCAUUCCCUGCAGGCUCACAGCAGAUAUUUUCUGUUCUAUCUUAUAAUAUUGCUUUAAAACGUUAGCUCUGCUGUGCUUCUUCAUCAUCUGUGUCAUAAACUUGUUCAAACCUUUAUUCUCUUUAAGGAAACCAGCAAAGUAAAGACAUUUUCUCUUCUCUUGGUUGUUAGGAGGCAGGUGCAGAAACUAAAACUGCUUGUGUGAAAGAGUUUGUUUGUUAUUGCUGCUGAUAGUUGUAUCUGAGUGAGCAUGCAGGUGUUGGAGAACAAGUUGUCGGUGCGACGCUGCCUCACCUUCGUUACGGGCCUGGUGGAGUGUCUGUGCUUCGCCGGGGUCGUGUUCGGAUGGGCUUCUCUUGUUUUUGUCCUCAAGGAGGACGGCUACUUCAGCUCUCUGUGCUUUAACACAACAGGAGUCAAUGGCACUCAGAUAUUAGACUGCAGUGCACAAGAUGAGCAGUUUUCACUUAUUUUCACCAUCACCUCUUUUAUAAACAACUUUUUCGCGCUGCCCAACGGCUUCCUUUUUGAUCACUUUGGUACCACAGUGGCUCGACUCUUGGCAAUAUUUCUUUACACCACUGGCUCCCUGAUGGUGGCGCUCUCUUCGCCGGCUCUGUCUUUCCUGCUCUUCCUAGCUCUCCCCCUUUUGGCUGUGGGAGGCAUUUUAUUUCUGAUCACAAACAUGCAGAUUGGAAACCUGUUUGACUCACGUCGCUCUACCAUAAUCAAUCUUUAUAAUGGAGCUUUUGAUUCUUCCUCAGCACUCUUCCUCAUCAUUAAGUUGUUACAUGAGUCUGGCGUCUCUCUCCGCACUUCCUUCCUCUUUCUGUCGGCCUGCAGCGUCGUCCACAUCCUCAGGACGUUCUUCCUGCUGCCCAGAACCUUCAUUCCUCACCCACUGCCUGAUCGCUACGCGUACGGGGUUUCUUGUGGUCCAUUAGAGACUAUGAGCAGUGAGGUGACUGCAAACAGCUGUGCACUUACAGGAGCAGAGGACACACCGUUUACAAAGGACGUCCCUCUAAAACAAGAGAAGACUUUCCGAGAGUGUUUGCUGUCCAGGUUCUUUGUGGGCCACCUGCUCUGGCUGUCGGUGAUGCAGCUCAGGCACUUCCUGUUCAUCGGGACCCUCAACCCCAUGCUGCUCAGGCUGACAGACGGAGAUUCCUCUCUGGUGAGCCAGUACACCAACGCCUUUGCUUUCACCCAGCUGUGCGCUGUGCUGUGCGCUCCCUGGAACGGCCUCAUCAUGGACAGACACAGGGGGAAACCUCGGGCUGCCGGAGAGACGGAGCAUGAGGCCGACCUGCGGGCGUCUGUGCUUUCUUUAUUCCUGACUGCGCUGCAGUGCGUCUUGUUCUCUCUGUGUGCCUCCAUCCCCUCCCUGCCACUUCAGUACCUCACCUUCAUCCUGCAGGUGCUGAACCGCUCCUUCCUCUACGGCGGCAACGCAGCCUUCAUCAGCGUGGCGUUUCCAUCUUGCCACUUUGGGAAGCUGUACGGUCUGGUCAUGGUUCUGUCUGCAGUGUUUUCUCUGCUGCAGUAUCCCUGCUUUGCUCUGGUGAAAGGACCUCUGGGUGGAGAUCCUUUAUACGUGAACGUCGGCCUGACGCUGCUCAGCGUGUUAGCCUUCAUACAUCCCGUCUUCGUCUACAUGCAUUGUCGAAAUCUCGCCUCUGAGAGAGCAAAGAGCAAAGCCUCAUCUUAAAGAGUGCAAAACGAGGAUGGUGAUUUCUCUUUAAAGCUUUCCACCAUGGUGGUCGAGUAUCAUUUCUUUUUUUUUUCUUUUUUUUUCUCCGAAGAGUUUUUGCAGCGCUAGUGGCUCGUAUUUUUUCUACAGUAGGCAGACAGGAAGGAGGGUGAG